GCCGUACCCCCCGCAGCACAAGCUAACGAUGAAAGAGCUAUUUGAAGACGGGAAGCCCAACGCUGAGCUGCUCCGCACCCACCUGGUCAAAGAGGGCAGGGUGGAGGAGGACGCCGCUCUGAAGAUCAUCAACGACGGGGCCAACAUCCUCCGCCAGGAGAAGUGCAUGCUGGAGGUGGAGGCGCCCAUCACAGUAUGCGGUGACGUUCACGGACAGUUUUUCGACCUCAUGAAGCUGUUUGAAGUGGGCGGAUCACCCAGUAACACGCGGUACCUCUUCCUCGGUGACUACGUGGAUCGAGGCUACUUCAGCAUCGAGUGCGUUCUCUACCUCUGGUCGCUUAAGAUCAACCACCCCUCCACACUCUUCCUCCUGCGUGGGAACCACGAGUGUCGGCACCUCACAGAGUACUUCACCUUCAAACAGGAAUGUAAAAUCAAAUACUCUGAGCGGGUUUACGACGCCUGUAUGGAAGCCUUUGACUGCCUGCCGCUCGCUGCCCUGCUAAACCAACAGUUCCUGUGCGUUCAUGGGGGGCUCUCCCCAGAAAUCAACUGCUUAGACGACAUAAGAAAGUUAGACAGGUUUAAAGAGCCGCCUGCAUUUGGGCCAAUGUGUGACCUGAUCUGGGCCGACCCUGGCGAGGACUACGGCAGCGAAAAGACGUCUGAGCACUUCAACCACAACUCUGUCCGAGGAUGCUCGUAUUUUUUCAGUUAUGCAGCAGUCUGUGACUUUUUAGUAAAUAAUAACUUGCUGUCAGUAAUAAGAGCCCAUGAAGCACAGGAUGCAGGGUACCGGAUGUACAGAAAAAGCCAAACCACCGGCUUCCCAUCGUUAAUCACCAUCUUUUCAGCUCCAAAUUAUUUGGAUGUCUACAACAACAAAGCUGCCGUAUUAAAGUACGAGAACAAUGUGAUGAACAUCCGACAGUUCAACUGCUCCCCCCACCCCUACUGGUUGCCCAACUUCAUGGACGUCUUCACGUGGAGUUUGCCUUUUGUUGGAGAAAAAGUGACUGAGAUGCUGGUGAAUGUGUUAAAUAUUUGCUCCGAUGAUGAGCUCAUGUCAGAAGGAGACGACAUGUAUGAAGGCGGCUCGUCUGCGAUGCGGAAGGAGGUCAUCCGGAACAAGAUCCGUGCCGUGGGGAAAAUGGCCCGCGUCUUCUCAGUUCUCAGGGAGGAAAGUGAAAGUGUGCUGACACUGAAAGGCCUCACCCCGACCGGAACCCUUCCUGUGGGAGUGCUGUCGGGGGGGAAGCAGACCCUGCAGAAUGCUACCAUUGAAGCAGCUAAAGCAAAAGCUAUCCAAGGCUUCUCCCCCACGAGGAAAAUCCGCAACUUCGAAGAAGCUCGAGGCCUGGACAGGAUAAACGAGAGGAUGCCGCCCCGCAAAGACGGCCAGCAGCCAGACGGGACCGCCAUCAACACCAACGCUCCCAGCAAGAACGGCACGGACGGAUAAGCGGCAGAGAGGCGGCCCUCACCUGUCUGCACACGACCCAUACUCUCUGUGUGUCUCUGUCUCUCUGUCUGCGCUGGACCCGCCCCUUCAGUGGAUCAGAACCCCAUGGAGGUCGCAGCGCUGCCUAAACACGCCCAACUCAAAGGAAACAUGAAGGAGGAGACCGCUGCCGAGAAAUCUCACCUUAUUUAUUCAAGAUGAUACAUUAUUACAUUAUUUAAUAGCGCCAGAUAAAUAAAACUGACACUGAACUUAUAUAAAAAAAUGUUUUUAAAGAGAAAACUUUUGAUAAAGUGAUAGAAAUAGAGUCUUUGUUUUGUAGGAGUUUCAGCCAGUGUUAGAUUUUUUAUUCUUCUGACUUUUUAAAGAAGGAAAAUACUGUAGGCUGAGCCUCCUGGGCCACCGUCCGUACAAUUCAGCGCUCAGAUGCAUCAGUAGUGAUUGCACCGUGUUUUAAAGAUGUUAAAAAGACUCAAACGUUUUUAAAGCUGUUUUAAAGGAGACCAUUUUUAAGAUUUCUGCUGCUUUUUCAGCUUGUGGAACAGAAACAAAGGCUACGUUCACACUGCUGGCCUUAAAGCUGUA